GGCGAGAGCGAUCAGUGGAAGGACUUCGUGGUCAAGCCGGCUCACGUCAACUUGGCGUUGAGGGCCCAACCAAAGGCCCAGCAGUCAUCGGCCGCGAGCGCGCCGGGCCCGAGUAGCCAGGCAGACCAGACGGCGCAGGCCGUCGCCAAGUGGGCGGAGGUCCAGAACGCAAAGGCCGAGAAGGAGGCCAAGCGCGGCACCUUGAGCUUCAACCUGGAGGCCAGGGUGACGGAGGUUGGGUUGCAGUGCAUCCAGAAGCUGUCGCCAGAGUUGCUCCCCACCGAGGAGUCUCUGUUGCGAAUGGAAAACCUUGCCUCCGCCAAGGUCGCAAGAGACAAGAGCCGCAAGUGGGUCGGGUCCUCCGAGGGCGAGGAUCUGAUCGUCAACUUCCGGCCCGGCUUCUCCAACACACCCAAGCUGGACUUACUCCUCGGGUCUGGCUCACUGGACGACAGAGCGGGGGAGGCCCGGGAGGCAAAGCGCGCCCGCACUGCGGAGGAGCGCACUGGCUUCCUGGGCUUCGCCAACUUCAUGGGCCACCUACACGACUGGGGCCUCAAGAUGGUGCUGUCCAAGGUGAUCACCCCGGUGCAGUUCUGGGCCUACGAGCUCCAGUUGGUCAAGAUGUCAGAGAAGCUCGCCCGCGCGCUGGAGCUUGGCCAGAACGACCAGAUCGAGGCGCUCCUCUGCAAGCUCGACAGGGAUGCGUUGCAGGACGCCAAGCACCAGGUGUCGAAGCGCGCCGAGGAGGCCAGCCGAGUGACCGCGAAGCAGCCCGCCGGCGCUGGCGGCAACGCCGGGGCGCCCAAAGGUGACCAGAAGGGCGGCAAAGGCGGCGGCGCCAAGACCGCCCGGGCCCCGGUGUCGCCCGCGCUGCCGCGCUCCAGGAGCCCGGCGGCGAGCAGGAAGCCGAAGGGCAAGGGCGCCGGGGGCAAGGGGCCCGAGCAGAAGUGGGAGCAGAAUUGGAGCAAGAAGCAGGCCUGGAAGCAGCCCGAGCAGAAGUGGUCGAACUGGUGA